UCCACUUACUUGGUCUUGAACUUCAACUCUCCUGACCUUCUAAAGCCUGAAUUUACAUGCAAAUGGCCAUCCAGACUCCAUCCACGACCACGGCGGCAGUGGCCAAGGCCAACGGAUCUUCGAGCUCACCGGGUGCUCCGACAAAGGUUGUUGGAAAUGCGCCGUUGGAUGCUUCGAAGCUUGUCGUGACCCUAGCCAAAACUCUCAAGCCACUGCCAGAUCCAGAGAGUUUGGUGUUCGGCCAGACCAAGACGGACCACAUGCUCACCGUCCACUACAACCCCAAGACGGGCUGGCAAACCCCUGAGAUUCGUCCGUACGCGAACCUUGAACUGGACCCUAUGAGCUCGUGCUUCCAAUACUGCCCGAACGUAUUCGAAGGCAUGAAGGCUUACAUCGGUCCCGACGGUGAACCCCGUCUUUUCAGGCCAGAAAGGAACAUGGAACGCAUGGCCCAAUCGGCAGCUCGCGUAGCCCUUCCUCCCUUCGACACGUCCGCCCUCCUCGAGCUCAUCAAACAACUCGUCCGCGUUGAAAAGCGCUGGAUACCCACACAGCCUGGCUACAGUCUUUACAUCCGCCCGACCAUCAUCGGUACCCGCGACGCACUAGGUGUCUCAGCAUCGGAUAGCGCGCUCAUCUACGCCGUCGUCACCCCUGCCGGCCCCUACUUCAAGGGAGAAAGCCGUGCCAUCUCCCUCCUCGCCGUCAGCGAAACUGUGCGUGCAUGGCCUGGUGGAACAGGUGGAUACAAGUUGGGCUUGAACUACGCACCUGGGUUCGCACCCCAGAGAGAGGCGUUGCAGAAGGGCUAUGACCAGAUUCUGUGGUUGUUGGGUGAUAAGAUCACGGAGGUGGGAGCGAUGAACGUGUUUGUUAUCGUGAAGCGAGACGAUGGAGACCUCGACGCCUUCACACCCCCUCUCGACGGCACGAUCCUCCCCGGUCUCACACGGGCGUCCGUGCUCCAGCUCCUGCAGGCCCACACCUCGCCCUCGCAUACCUUCAACCUCCCGAAUACACCUUCGUCCCUCAAGAUCCACACAACGGAACGCGUGCUGACCAUGUCAGAAAUCGUCGCUUGGUCAGAACAGGGCAAGCUCCUUGAGGUGUUCGGCGUGGGGACUGCGGUCGUGGUGUGUCCUGUGGGUAAGAUUGGGUACGAGGGCAAGGAUAUGACCCUGCCUCGGCAUGAGGGCGGGCUCGGUCCUGUUGCAAAGGCCGUGUCGGAUGCGAUCAUCAGCAUCCAGACUGGCCGACAGGAGUUUGAGGGAUGGAGUGUCCCUGUUUAG